CAAUCCCGUUUUCGGUCGUCGUCCGAUAGCCGCAAUUUGUGGCCGCGGGUACGGAAUGUCGUCGGAGAACAAGUCGCCGCUGCUGGAGCGGGCCCGCAACAUUGUGCCUCACCUCGAGACGGACCGCCACAAGGGCCAGGCCGGACGGAUCGGAAUCGUGGGUGGUUCGCUGGAGUAUACCGGGGCGCCGUACUUUGCGGCGAUCAGCGCGCUAAAGGUGGGCGCGGAUCUGGUGCAUGUGUUCUGUCCGCAGGCCGCCGCUCAAGUGAUCAAAUCGUACAGCCCCGAACUGAUUGUGCAUCCGUUGCUGGACUCCAACAAUGCCAUCAUGCAGAUCGAACCAUGGCUGGAGCGGCUCCAUGUCCUCGUGAUUGGACCCGGGCUUGGGCGGGACCGGCUUAUUCUGCAGACGGUGGCCGAGCUGAUACGGAUCUGCCGGCA